AACCUUUUCAGUGACUUUCAUCUUUCAUCGUCUGUUUUUCGUCUUUUUCCCAGUCUCGGGUUUUCGUCAUGAAAGCUAGUACGGCUUGCUGAUCGCCAAAUUUCAACGCCACCAAAUCCUAAACCACGAUUUCGGAAAAAAAAAAAGAUGUCGUCACUGAACCGACGUUGUUUGAGGUUUUAGUUAUCAAUCUGAUUUCAACGGACGUACCAACAUCGAACAGGCGACCUUUUUCAUCAACAUCGUCACCACGUCAUGUCGCCGCCCAGAGCUUUGUGUUUUGAAGUGCAGCAGGUACAGUGAAGAACGGCGAACGAACUAUUUAUUCUGUUUGUCGUUCUUAUUCGUCUUACAGGAUGUUUCUGUGCAUUAAUUGUGGAUGGACGCGUGAUACCCUCAACUAUUAAGACUGUACUACCUCUUGGAAGCCCUUUGCAGAGACUUGUAAACACGCUUGUCCUCACCGUAAACGUUCGGCAUAAACAGGCGACUGGCAUCCACCGACCGAACGUCCUGAAACCUGUUGGAACCAAUGGCUGUACUAUAACAGUGGGACUGGUGGCUUUUAAAAGUUGGGAUAAAAUGUCUGCACGGACACUGUCAUCACUGCGAUCCAUCUGCGACGGCUCAGUUGUUGCCAUGUGGUCCGUGGGCACGCAGAUACAUCCUCAGAAGCGUUCCAGAGGCACACAGACAGACAGCACGUUUCGCAUAACGUACGUAGACAGCACCCAGAAGAGAAGGAAACCAUGUUAUGCCCGUCGAAAGUCCAGAAAAGCGCAUUGCCGAAUGCUCCGGAAGAAACGACGACUCAAGGCUCAUGCGACACUUGGUGACAACCAGGCUGACGCUCUGCAGCUGUCUCAUGGUGCCUUGGAGGAAUCACGUGACCUAUCCGUGGCCAGUGAUUGCACGGAAGUAGAGGGAUCGGAGCACCGCCCUCUAGGGACACCGCCAGGUACUCUGUACGGCAUUGCCCAGGAUCCUCAGACAUCACAUCCUGGAUCUGCAUUUUGUUCUGCGGGUGACAUGGAGGCGGUGGAAGACAUAUCCUUCGAAGAUUUCCCGCGUGGCAUCGCAUCCGCCCUGGAAGAGGAGUCCAGGAAGGAGCAACGCGGGGCCGACAGCGAGACGGUCAAGUGCCGACACUGCAGUUACUCCAGCGUGCACGCGUCUGACGUCGAAGGCCACGAAGGGACACACACCAGAGAAGGGACACACACUGAAAGGACAGACCGAAGGGACACACACCGCCCUAAUUUCUGCGAAGUGUGUUCCAUCGCGUUCACGCACGAGAGCUACCUGAUGGCGCACAUGAAGUCCCAGCAGCCAAGACCGGACCAUCAACGAGCCCUCGAGAGGCUUCUCUCAGCAGGAAGAAGAAGAGCGUCCGCGGGAUCGUGCAAGGGUGCGCCCGCAGGAGAGGAAGGUUCAGAGGGAUUCAGCGUCGCCAAGCAGGAAGAAGACUGUUCCUUCCAGUACUUCCCUCGGAGCACCGCAGUAUCUUCGGAAGAGCGGCGCAAGACGCCCUCCUGCAGGGCCAAGAAAACGGGGAGAUUCCAGUGCAAGUUUUGCGAUUACUGCAGCAAUCAGUCGUGCCACGUUGAGGCACACGAGAGGACCCACACGGGUGAGAAGCCGCAAGUGUGCCCCCUGUGUUCCAAAAGCUUUGCAGGAAAGAGUAGCCUGAGAAAGCACGUCCGGUACACACACAAGGACCGUGGCAUCUAUGAGUGCUCCACCUGCGGGGCUUUCGUGCGGCAAGACCGCCUUCGAGAACACGAGAUGGCACACGCGCAGGAGAGUGCGUGUUCACACGAGCGACAGCUUCACGGAACAUUCCAGUGCAAGUUUUGCGAUUACUGCAGCAAUCAGUUGUGCCACGUUGAGGUACACGAGAGGACCCACACGGGUGAGAAGCCGCACUUGUGCCCCCUGUGUCCCAAAAGCUUUGCAGGGAAGGGUAGCCUGAGACAGCACAUCCGGUACACACACAAGGAACGUGACAUCUAUGAGUGCUCCACCUGCGGGUCUUUCCUGCGGCAAGAGCGCCUUCGGGAACACGAGAUGGCGCACGCGCAGGAUAGUGCGUAUUCACACGAGCGACAUCCCGAUGGAAGAUUCUAGCGGAAGAAAAAGCAAAAAACACUGCUCGCAGAGACAAAGUUCCGCCCCGUGUCAUGCGAGCAUUCACACGAAGUGGAACAUCGGGAGUGGCGUACUGCGCACUUGGCAGACGACACUUUGCAGACGACACUGGGCAGACGACACUGGGCAGGCCACACUGGGCAGGCGACACUGGGCAGGCGACACUGGGCAGACGACGCCAUCAGCGUCUUUCCUGUCGUCUGCUAAGAAUAUCUUGUGACUGUGACACGGUUAGCAGUGUACUUGAACACUGGACGUUGAGCACUCACGCUCAGCGGGCUAUGACAUUUUGCGCGUCUUCCGCAUCUGCGGGGAAUGUCGCCCAUGUGGAUACACGGAUAGUGUUGUGCUCCAAGGAACUUUCUUGGGGUAGUGAGAACGCACUGUGAAACAGUAGAGCUUUCAGCGUCGUCGACGGAUACGUGAGAGUGGACUUUGAACGAGCAUCGUUGAACCGUAGUCAGCAUCAACAUGUUCCAUAUCCCUGAUCGGGGGGAAAAUUGUUCGAAAAAAUUUGAUUUUUCACCCUCUGUCUUUCAAAUGUAUGGAGCAUUUAUUUCUACCUACUCUCUACUAGUACUGAUUCCACUACCAUACAGGGUGUUUUAAUUUGUUAUGCAAUUUUUAUAUUUAUGGAAAUUUUUAUGGAUUUUUAAUAUUAUUUUAUUUUUAUGGACAGUUUUCAUGGAAAAAAACGAGCAGGUCAAAAUAGAUGCUGUUUCAGUGGCUGAUAUGCAUAGAUCGACAAGUUACUCACAAAAAAAAAAACAUUACGAGUUAAGUUACCAUGUAAAAAAUGUCACUAAGUUCAUAAGGAAGUUCCUCAAGCUGAUAUGUAAUUCGCUGUUACGGAGUUAUUAAAAAGUAC